AUGCGCAUCUCCAAAGCUUCCUUCUACACUCUCCUCCUUCACAAACCUUACCACCGUGAAAACCUCGUCGUUUUAUCGCGGCGUCGUGUUAUCACCUGCGCGCUGAGUGUGGCGCUGGUCCUGACCACGCUCUACGUUUUGUGGCCGUCGAAUCCAGAUCUGAAGAUCGUGGGGCUGAAGCUGAGGCGGAUAAAGGUGCACCCUGUGCCGCCCAUCACCGUCGACAUUUCCAUGCUGCUGACGCUGCGGGUGCGCAACGCUGACGUGUACUUCAUGGACUUGGGUGCGGUGAACGUGGCAGUGGCGUACAGAGGGAAGAUGCUGGGGCACGUGAGGUCGAGGGAGGUGCACGUGAGGGCAAGGGGGUCUUCCUACGUGGACGCUGACGUGGAAUUUGCAGGCAUAAGCGUGGUGCCUGAGCUGGUGGUGCUGCUUGAGGACGUGGCGAAAGGCAUCGUACCCUUUCACACAGAUAGCCAGACUAUGGGCCAAUUGGGCCUUUUCCUCUUUCACUUCCCCAUGAAGGCAAAAGUAUCGUGCGAGGUUGUGGUGAGUGUUAUAAACCACACUAUUAUUCGUCAACAUUGUCUCCACGAGUUUUUCACCAUGAGCCUUGAAAAUUGUCACUCUGUUCAUGACAAAAAAAACAAGAGAAGUUGGUCAAGUUAUGUGAGAAUUUUCUGCACUCCCUUUGUGUGUGUGGAUAAUUUAAUGACAAGAUUCAAGAUUCCAAACUGGACAACAUUUUGGAGGAAGAUCAAGAGGGAAAAGAGUAGGCUGUUCAAUGCUUCACCAGCAGUUCUUGUCCAAUACGACCCCAAUUCCUACUCACAGAACUUUGAUGAUGGCUAUUCCAACGACCCUGAUAACCUUUCUCGCUCAUUCUCAGCCCGAUUUGCGGUCCCCUCCAAGAUCUUUGACAAGGGUGAAACAGUGUGCAAUGGUGAAAAAUUAUGA